AAGAUGAUGAGGUCAAAGGUGAGAGUGAGGAGAGGGGAGGGGGGGAGCCUCCAAGCAGCAGCUCAACUCAACACAUGACAACAGAAGCUGAUGGAGACCACUGUGGAGGAUCACAAGCAGACAAGCUCUUAGCUCCACUAUCAGAUAGUGAGGACACAACGUCACACUCUCCUGACACUGAUGAUGAAGACUCUAAAGAUGAUAAGACAUGUCACACUGACAACACACACUUUGCAUGUUCUCACUGCGACAAAACUUUUAAGUAUCCUAGUGAUUUGAAAAGACACAUGAGAACACACACUGGAGAAAAACCCUUUUCAUGCACAAUCUGUGAUAAAGGUUUUAUACAAAGUGAUUCUUUGAAAAGACACAUGAGAACACACACGGGAGAAAACCCCUUUUCAUGCUCAAUCUGUGGUAAAGGUUUUAAACAAAGUGGUCAUUUGAAAAUACACAUAAGAAUGCACACUGGAGAAAAACCUUUUCCCUGCUCAGAAUGUGGUAAAAGUUUUGUAAAAAGUCUAAGUUUAAAAGCACACAUGAGAACACACACUGGAGAAAAACCUUUUUCAUGUUCAAUCUGCGGUAAAGAUUUUACUCGAAGGGAGCAUUUGGAAAUACACAAGAGAAUACACACUGGAGAAAACCCUUUUUCCUGCUCAGAAUGUGGUAAAAGUUUUGUAAGAAAUCUAACUUUAAAAGACCACAUGAGAACACACACUGGAGAAAAACCUUUUUUAUGUUCAAUCUGCGGUAAAGAUUUUACUCAGAGGCCACAUUUGAAAGUACACAUGAGAACACACACUGGAGAAAAACCUUUUUCAUGUUCAAUCUGCAGUAAAGAGUUUUCUCGAAGGGAGCAUUUCAAAGCACACAUGAGAACACACACUGGAGAACAACCUUUUUCAUGUUCAAUCUGUGGUAAAGAUUUUACUCGAAGGAACCAUUUCAAAACACACAUGAGAAUUCACACUGGAGAACAACCUUUUUCAUGUUCAAUCUGCAGUAAAGAUUUUACUCGCAGGGAACAUUUAAAAAAACACAUGAGUACACACACUGGAGAAAAACCUUUUUCCUGCUCAGAAUGUGGUAAAGCUUUUGUACAAAGAGGCACUUUGAAAAGACACAUGAGUACACACACUGGAGAAAAACCUUUUUCCUGCUCAGAAUGUGGUGACGCUUUUCUACGAAGAGGCACUUUGAAAAGACACAUGAUUACACACACUGGAGAAAAACCUUUUUCCUGCUCAGAAUGUGGUAAGGCUUUUGUACGAAGUAGCAUUCUGAAAGCACACAUGAGAACACACACAGGAGAGAAAGUGUUGAGUUGCAGUGUGUGUGGUGAAAGAUUCUCUUCUAAGUCCCAGUGUAAGAAACACAAGUGUGCUGGUGAGAACAGCAGCAGCAAAUGAAGAUGCAGGAUUUGAAAUAAACUAUCAAAACUUGACUUUGACCUUCUAACAACAUCAGCAUAUAGAGUCUAACAUCUAUAGAUUAGAUAUUUUAGAUUAUUGCUUUUUUUAGUUAAGUACAUGUUUUAAUAUACAUUGUGUACUUUUAUUUUAAAAUGAACACAACACGUUGACUCUUGGCUAAUUGGGCUUGGGUCGCAAGCUGGCCGCCUCUGGAGAGGGUGUAUAGUGUUAAAGGCUGAAACACCCAAUGACCCAGAGCAGGGGUCGGGAACCUUUUUGGUUGAGAGAGCCAUGAAAGCCAAAAUUUAUUUCAGUGAGAGCCAUAUCAUAUUUUUUAACACUGAAUACAACUAAAUGUGUGCAUUUUUAAGUAAGACCAACAUUUUUAGAGUAUAAUAAGUAUUUUAUUAUUUUUAAUAACAUUGUUAUUCUGAAGCUAACCAAUAAUAAAUACAAUGUCAUGUCUGUUGAUCAUGUUUUUGUUUGCCAUGUGCUGUUUGUCCUUUGGACUCUUUAAGUUCCUGUUUUUUUUGUCUGGUUUCCUUGGUUACUUAUUGGUGGACAAAAUCCCCGCUCACCUGCUUCCCGAGCACUAAUCAGAGGCAGUAUUUAAGCUCGUCUUUGCCAGUCAGUCGCCCUGGCCUCAAUGUGAUCUUUUCUUGCUCCAUGCUAA